AUGAGCUAAUUUAACCUUACAUUUUAAGAAGAUCCAGAAUAAAUAUUUGAUAUAGUUUCUAUAUUAGGUUAAGGGAAUUAUGGAAAAGUAUUCAAAGGAAUUCAUAAAUUAACAUAAAAAGAAUAUGCAAUAAAAGUAAUAUUAGUUUCUGAAGACAUAUUUUAAAUAAAUAAAGAAGUAUAAAUAUUAAAAAACUGUCAUCAUGAUAAUAUAGUCGGAUAUUUUGGAACUUUUUAUAAAGAAAAUGCGAUUUGGUUAAUAACAGAAUAUUGUGAAGGGGGAAGUACAUUAAAUUUAUAAAAAGUUUUAAAAAGAAAUUUUACGGAAUAAGAAAUUUCCUCGAUUAUAAAUCAAGCUUUAAAUGGACUUAUUUAUUUGCACGAAAAUAAAAUUAUACAUAGAGACAUUAAAGCAGGAAAUAUUCUAUUAAAUUAAAAUGGAGAAAUAAAACUUGCAGAUUUUGGAGUAGCAGCAUAGUAAAUUUAUACAAAUGCAGAAAAAUAAACAGUUAUGGGUACUCCUUAUUGGAUGUCACCUGAAGUACUUGGAAAUUAAAAAUAUACUAAUAAAACAGAUAUUUGGUCAUUAGGAAUUACUGCUAUUGAACUUGCUGAAGGAGAACCUCCUUAUAGUCAUAUUCAUCCUUUUAGAGCUAUGUUUGCAAUUAAAAAAUAGCCUCCAUAAGGACUUAGUAAUGGUAAAUAAUGGAGUGAUAUAUUUAAUGAUUUUGUAAAGAAAUGCCUUAUUUUAGAUUUUAAUGAAAGACCUAGUGCAAAGGAAUUAAUUUAGCAUUAAUUUAUUAUUUAAUCUAAUAAUUAUUGCCAUUAAAUUUUGAGUGAUUUAAUUGUUGAAAAUAUUGAAUAUAUUGAAUAAUAUAAAUUGUAAAAUUUAUAUAUAAUUAAAUAAUUUCUUUAUUAUUUUAUAAAGUGA